AAGGUUCAGAAGAAAGCGAUAGCAGCCAGAAAAGAAAAAUGUCUCUCCGGUUUUCGUGAGUUGAGCAGAGAGUUGCUGGUCAUAAAUAAAUCCAAAGCAGUUGAUUCAGGAUCGUUUGGCAAAUGCUACUCGGCCAGUUACCGCGAAGAAUUUCGCGUGGCUGUAAAAAUUUUUAAGACAAAAAAUUCUUCAGCGAAAGUGUUGGAGCAAGCCAAACGGGAAGCCCUCCACGAGGCCAUGGUUAUUUCCCAGUUAGGCGAUCACCAUGGUAUACCUCACCUGUUUGGUGUCCGUACUGAUAAAGCGCCGUUUUACCUGGUUUUACAGUUUUACUCUGUCGAUGGCCAAACGAGUUCGACUCUGACAGAAUCUCUCAAGAAUGGUAAUAUCAAAGAGGCCUCUGAUUGUGUUAGUGUUUUGAGGAACAUUGUGGAAACGUUGACUUUCAUUCACAGUCAAGGGUACGUGCAUAAUGACCUUAAGGGAAACAACGUCCUCUUAACAAGAUCGCCAUCGGGGACCUUAAGGCCCAUUAUUAUUGAUUUCGGGAAGAGUGAAGAAAUAGCCAUUGCACAUCUUCCAAAACCCAAAGUUGAUUUCGCAAGAGCAAGAAAGAAUUUUCCUCAUGUUGCUCCGGAGAUACAUCGGGGUGAAAGGCCCUCCGUUGCAAGUGAUGUUUUCUCGUUCGGUGCACUUGUA